AGGGAGAGUUGUCGGUUGUGGGCUGUUCCAAAGUGGCAGAGAAAUUGUGGUCUGUAGGAAUUAAUAUCCUCAUGUCCCAACGAUUGGCACAGUGCACAAGAAGGAGGACACAGCUUAACACGCGAAAAACAAUCGCUCUAUAGCGACUCACAUAAACGACUUUGUACAGCAUGAGGAUACUGUGGCUAUUCAUCAUAAUCGUGGCGACAAGCAGUGCUCAUUUCCUAAACAUUGUUAAGAAUUAUAUCGAUUCAGCCGGAAAGGAGGAAAAAUUUCCAAGCAACAGCAGAUAUGACUUUAUCAUUGUAGGAGCCGGAUCAUCAGGUUCUGUGUUAGCCAAUCGUCUAUCAGAGAAUAAGAAAUGGAGAAUUCUGUUACUGGAAGCGGGCUAUAUGCCAAACUUCUUGAAUCGGAUUCCAAUAUUUGUCGGCUAUUUUCAAUUAACUGGUUACAAUUGGGGUUACAACGUAGAACCACAAGAGAAUGCCUGUCUAGGGAUGGUGAAUCGUCAGUGCGCUUGGCCGCGAGGUAAAGGAUUGGGCGGCACGAGUAUCUUGAACUAUAUGAUCCAUACACGUGGGCACAAAUUUGACUACGACAAAUGGGCUAGUUUGGGUAACGUGGGCUGGUCUUACGCGGACGUUCUGCCGUAUUUUAAAAAAAGUGAAAGAUUUAAUGUACCAGAUACCAAGAACUCCUCGUAUCACAAUGCAAACGGUUAUUUGUGCGUGGAACAUGUUCCAUAUCAUACAAAGCUGGCGACUACGUUUCUAAAUGCUGGACAAGAGUUGGGAUAUAAAAUCGUGGAUUACAAUGGCCAAGAUCAGAAAGGUUUCUCGUACAUCCAGGUGAAUAUGGGUCAUGGAAAGCGUUGCACUGGCGCCACGGCCUAUCUCGAGCAGAUCAAUCGACCGAACUUGGAGAUUAUCACCGGUGCUAGAGUGACCAAAAUACUAAUCGAUGCGGAUAAGCGAGCUUACGGCGUUGAAUACAUCAAGAACACCGAAUGGAAGAAAGUGACCUGCUCAAAGGAAGUUUUAUUAUCAGCCGGUACAAUUGACUCGGCGAAAUUGUUAAUGCUGUCGGGAAUUGGACCAAAAGAGCAUCUUGAAGAACUGAAUAUCCCAGUGAUUCAAGAUUCCAAGGUCGGUUACAGUAUGUACGAACACGUCGGAUUCCUAGGAUUGACUUUCAUGAUAAAUCAGAGCGAGUCGCUGCUACAAAGCAGGCUACUUAAUCCAAAUGUGUUCCUGGAAUACCUUCUAUACAAACGUGGCCCGGUAACGAUUCCAGGAGGUGCAGAGGCACUAGCAUUCCUCAGUACUAAAUACGCUCCUGACGAGAGACCGGAUAUUGAACUUCUCUUUGUGUCUGGUUCUUUACAUUCGGACAACGGUCUGGUUUUGAAAAAAGUUCUAAGACUUUCAGAGGAUCUAUAUAACACUGUCUAUAAACCGAUCGAAGAGCAGGACGCCUGGUCCAUCUGGCCAAUCGUUCAAUAUCCUAGAAGCGUCGGCCGUCUCACGUUGCAAUCGAAGGACCCAUUCGAACUACCCAAACUGAAUCCAAACUUUUUCAGCCAUCCGGCCGAUAUAGAGAUUAUUCUGGAAGGAAUAAAGCACGCCAUCAACAUAUCCAAAACCAAAGCCUUUCAGGCUUACGGCAGUCGGUUGCAUAAUUUAAAAAUACCAGGCUGUAAACAGUUUGAAUUUGCUUCCGAUGAUUAUUGGCGUUGUGCCAUCAAGCAUCUGCCGUCCAUGAUGAAUCAUGAAAUAGGGACCGCCAAAAUGGGACCUCAAACGGACACUUACGCUGUCGUUGAUCCGCAGCUAAGAGUGUAUGGAGUCAAGGCACUCAGAGUAGUGGACGCUUCAAUCAUGCCUACGAUGCCCAGGGGCCACGUGAACGCGGGAAUAUAUAUGAUCGGCGAAAAAGCCGCGGAUAUGAUAAAGGAAUCUUGGAAGAGUGAGUUGUAAAAUUCGCUUUUUUACGAAAGACUCAGGGAAUUAUACAGAUGUCAACAUUAAAUAUUACACCGUCAUAAGAUAAGGAAUGCGCAUAUAUUUAAAUCUUCUAUCUUUUUCUUCAAUCUAUCUUUCUCUCUAAAUCUGAGUAAGUGGAUAGGUAUGCCACUGGUAAUCAGUGAAUAAAAUGUGAAACCUCUAACUUACCUAAUCUUUAUUAUGUAAUCUAACUAACCUUGUUUCAGCAUAAAUUCAAUAA